AGAAAGAAAACCUAAUAUCUGAAGAAUUGUUAGUUCAUCGGUGAUAUAUUUGCUCACACAGUCACACGCGUCCAACUAAGGAAGCUGUCUAAAAAACUAAAAUCUUGGAGAGUAAGAAACAAAAGCCUACGAGGGUAAACCACGAAAAUCGUCCAAAAUGGAGAAGGCGAGGGAGUACUUGGGGUUAAUGACGAAGGAGUCGGAGACCGCAUCGCGACUAGCCGUUCGUCCUCAUCACUCAGCCGGAGACGGUCCCUACGAAAACUUCAUCCUCAGGGGCAUCCGCGUCGAUCGGGUCGAACCUGGCUUCGUCUCUUGCACUUUCAAGGUCCCGCCUCGCUUAACUGAUGCAAGUGGAAACUUGUCCGCAGGUGCCAUUGCGAGCUUGGUUGAUGAUGUCGGAGAAGCUUCUGUCCAUGAUGAAGAUCUCCCAUUAAAAGUCUCUGUGGACAUGUCAAUUUCAAUCCUAUCAACUGCCAAGGCCAAUGAUGAAUUGGAAAUUACCUCCAGAGCUUUAGGGCAAAAGGGAGGCUAUUCUGGAACAGUUAUUUUAUUUAAAAACAAAGUGACUGGGGAACUUAUUGCAGAAGGUCGCCAUUCAUUGUAUGGUAAAAUUCCCAGCAAAAUCUGAUGCUGCUACCUGAUGAAUGAGUAUCAAAACCUGUGAUAGAAAUGUAUUCCUCAUGGCAUGCAUUUUGUACAUUGGAUAAAGUUUGUUGCUACUGGACACUAAUUGGACGAUGCAUCAUUAAGCAUCAAAUGUUACUAUGAAUGACAGUUGAUGCAAAGCACACAUUUUUCUUCUCAAUGUGCUUUGUUUGUUUCA